GAUGUAUGAGGGGCCUGGGUACCUGAGCGACCUAUUUCUUCAGGCAUUCAUUGAAUGACUUACUGAGCUGAACACCUGUACAUGACAGGCAUUGGCAGCUCUGACCCUACGGCUGUGAAGGAUGGUGGGUCCCUGCCUUUCUGAGCCUUCUAGCCUAGGGGCUAGAGGCGGGGGUGGAGAUAAACGAGCACAUAGCCCCACAGGCUGUCCCAGUCGUCACUGGGACUCCGGAAAAGCCCAAGAUGUCCAGAGAGCAUUUAAUCUGAGGGGAGGGGAUUACUCAGGGAAGGUCUCCCUAGAAAGUGAUAUUUAAAAUAAGGCCUGAAAAAUGAAUAGAAAGUAGUGAGGUGAAUUAGGGGCCUGAGUUCCAUGUUAGAAGGGUUGAGACCAAGGCCAGGAAUAUAGCUUUGGAGUGAGGACUCUCAGGUCAUUUUCAGGACUUUGGACUUAGACAGAAAGGUAAUGGGAACCUUUUGAAGGACCUUAAAUGGGAGAUGAGAUGAGCGAUUAAGUUGGGGUUUUUGAAAAGAUCAUUGUCACAGCUGUGUGGGAGAAUGGUUUGCAGGGUUAGGCUGGGCUGGUAUGUGUGAUGUCUUUGUACAGACCAGGUAAGAUGCACUACUUUGUCCCAGCUGGGCCAGACCAAAGGCCUCAGGCCCUCAGCCUGUCCGUUUGCACACAUGCCAUACCCAGGCUGAGGGGCAGGAUGCAGUACAGGCAGAGUGCAGAGGUUUUUGCUGGUGAUCCAGGGCCUGGUGCUGUGAUGCUGAAUCGAAGCUAGAGGCAGAGGGGUUGGGGGGAGGAGGGAAGGGGAGAGAGGGUGAGUCUGUAGCUAAAGUCAACAUGAAAGUGGUGAUUAUUUGGAUGUGGUUGAUGAACAGGGCGGUAUGGAGGAUGUUUUGAAAGUUUCUGGCAUAAAUAACUGAGUGGGAUGGGGUGGUGAGGCCAUUUAUGGUGUUAGCGAACCCUGGGGUGGGGGAGGGAAGGUGAUCCACUGGGAUAGGUUUUGCUUGGGAGACACCCAAGUGGAAACCAAGGAAUUGGCAUCGGGAACUCUUGAAAGUGGUGGGGUGGAAGGAAGUCCAUGUUGGGAGCUGUUGCAUGUAAAUAAUCAUCACAUACCCAAAAGAUCAUCUGAGGAGGGGUGUGGGGUGAGAAGAAGAGAAGGGGGCUGGCCUGGAGAAAAAGACCACUGUGUUUGGAAGAGGAAGAGCCUCUGGUUAAGGCAACUGAGAAACCAAGUAGACUUGCAGGAUAAGGAGGAAAUGUGGGGUUUCCUCUUCUUUCUCUCUUUCUCUUUCUUCUGCUCUUUCUCUCCUUUUCCACCUGAGAUUAGAGAGACUUGAACAAAUUCUAAUGCCGCUGGUGAGUUUCUGGUAGAGAGGGAGAAGCUAAACAUGUGUGAGUGAGAAAUCCAUGACUGAGCCUGGUUUCAGGGAAGGCGAAAGAGGUUGGAUUCCAUUACACAGGUGAGGGGAUUGGUCUUUGAUGGAAAGAGGGAGGGAGAGGAUGGAUUAAAUGACUCAAAGUUGAGCUCUCUGAAGGAGGAGGCAAAACCAUCUGCCGAGUUUGGUGUGUCAGCUACUUCGUCGACCAGUAUUCUUCAAGCAUUUUCUAGCGCCAAACACUGUGGUAGAUCAUGAAUGAUGAUGACCCUUAUGCUCAGCCCUGACAGACUAAUAAAUAUAUGUUUGGUCUUUGUCUAUGGUUCCUGACACUGGGCUCUGAAGCCCUUGGAAUUUCCUGAGGGAUUGUGAUGAUAGGAAUGUCUUUUGUUAUUCAUAGAAGGAUCUCUUUUCCACACCUGUUUAUGCUAAUGAGGUGGCUGAGGUGUACGGGGUGCCCUAGGUAGCCUCAGGAUGGGGUGGUCACCAGAAAGAACCAGUAAUUAGAGGGUUGGAGCUUUCAGCCCCACCCACUGUCCUCUGGGAAGGGGGGAGGGGCACACCUAGAGAUGGGUUGUAAAAACUUGAUCAACACUAUUUGGAGAGCUUCUGGGUUGAGGAACCCACAGACACAGAGGUGCUGGGGAAAGUGUCUACACCAGAAACAAUCCAAGGUUUUUUUUAAAAGCCUCAUGGGACAGCACUGUUGCUGAAUGCCUGGUACAUAUAAGAAACUUGACUGCAUGAAAGGCACUCUCCAAACACAUGUUGUUCUCCAUUUCAAGAUGCCUUUGCAGUUUCGAUAAAUGCGAACUGACAACUCUCAGGGCCACGACAGUAGAGAAAUCAUGACUGCUUGAAGCCUGGAAGACUGCCCUUAAUUAAGGAAAAUCCCUGAUUGUUGUUUGAAAUGCUGAGAAAGUUGCUGCGAAGGAGACUUUUCUCUUAUCCCACUAAAUACUUCUUCCUGCUUCUUGUUUUUUCCCUAGUCACCUUCUCUGUUUUAAGAAUUCAUCAAAAGCCCGAAUUUAUAAGUGUUGGACAUUUGGAGCUGGUUGGAGAGAAUCCUAGUAGUAACAUUAAUUGUACCAAAGUUUUACAGGGGGAUGUAGAUGAAAUCCAAAAGGUACAGCUUGAAAUUCUAACGGUGAAAUUUAGGCAGCGCCCUCGGUGGACAACCAAUGACUAUAUAAACAUGACCAGAGAUUGUAAUUCUUUCAUCAAGAGGCGUAGAUAUAUCAUGCAACCCCUUAGUAAAGAAGAGGAAGAAUUUCCCAUAGCAUAUUCUAUAGUGGUUCAUCACAAAAUCGAAAUGCUUGACAGGCUCCUGAGAGCCAUCUAUAUGCCUCAGAAUUUCUACUGCAUCCACGUGGACAGAAAGUCAGAGGAUUCCUUUUUGGCCGCGGUGAUUGGCAUCGCAUCCUGCUUCAGUAAUGUCUUUGUGGCCAGUCAGCUGGAGAGUGUGGUGUAUGCCUCGUGGAGUCGGGUUCAGGCUGACCUCAACUGCAUGCAAGACCUCUACAGGAUGAGUACAGACUGGAAGUACUUGAUAAAUCUUUGCGGUAUGGAUUUUCCCAUUAAAACCAACUUGGAAAUUGUCCGGAAGCUCAAGUCGCUAAUGGGUGAAAACAACCUAGAAACUGAGAGAAUGCCAUCCAAUAAAAAAGAAAGGUGGAAAAAGCAUUAUACGGUUGUUAAUGGGAAGCUGACGAACACAGGGACUGACAAAAUGCACCCUCCUCUCGAAACACCUCUGUUUUCAGGCAGUGCCUAUUUUGUGGUCAGUAGGAUGUAUGUGGGGUAUGUGCUAGAGAAUGAAAAAAUCCAAAAGUUUAUGGAGUGGGCUAAAGAUACAUACAGCCCUGAUGAGUAUCUCUGGGCCACUAUUCAGAGGAUCCCUGAUGUCCCGGGCUCAUUGUCCUUAAGCCAGAAGUAUGACAUGUCUGACAUGCAUGCAAUUGCAAGGUUUGUCAAAUGGCAGUACUUUGAGGGGGAUGUUUCCAAGGGUGCCCCCUACCCACCCUGCAGUGGGGUCCAUGUGCGUUCUGUGUGCGUGUUUGGAGCAGGGGACUUGAACUGGAUGCUACGCAAGCACCACUUGUUUGCCAACAAGUUUGACACGGACAUUGACCUCUUUGCCAUCCAGUGUUUGGAUGAGCAUCUGAGGCAUAAAGCCCUGGAGACAUUAAAACAUUGACGGUUCAUUUUAGGCAACUAGAAAUGAGAAGACGUGUGCAUGAGAUGCACCCUACCUGAUCCUUCUGCCUGGUGAUAAACAGAGAAACUAUAGGGGGCGCUUUUUGAAACUAUAGGGACCUUGAAGCUGUGUGAUUUCUGCCCUGCACCAUGGGUUAGACAGGUUAAAGCAUUAAAUGUUGACCUAGCGUUAGCAUGGGGUCAGGGUAGGUUGGGAGGCACUGUGGGGGGCAGUGGCCCACGUAGCUGGGGAUGUGGCUGAAUGCAAAAACCAGCCUGUUAAAAGAACUCAGGGACUUAACAAAAUGACCAAGAUUUCAUCUGUGCCAAAAUUACUUUGAGAGCUUUAAUUAUGACAAUUUUCUUGAUUUGAAUAAAUUUAUAGCAACAACCAAUUGUAAGGAUAUAAUUUAUCUUGCAGGUUUUAUGUGGUGAAAUAGAAAUUUGACUUUAAAUGGUCCUUGUAAAUAAUUUGCUUUCUGCUGUAACAUUGUGCUGUGUAGCAUGUCGGUAUGUGUCAUCUCAGGGAACUUGAAAAAAUGGGCUUGACUGAACGUGAAUAUUUCUGACUAAUUUUUGCUUCUAAUAAUGUGUAUAUGUUUUUAAAAACAAAAGUGGCAAUGUGUCUAGCUUCGUCGAUUCUAUGAAUCAGCUUAUUAGAAAAGAUACCUUAAGUUAUUUAAAAAGUUAAGAGAUCUUUGUUUAUUAUUAUAGCGUCUACAGAGAAACUCAAUUUUCCAAAUACUUGUCUCGACUCAUCCCUGCCCCUGUCUCCUCAGGCCGUGCUAUCAAGCUAUAGAAAAACUUGUUUUCAUAGUGCCUCAGUUCUCUUAAUGUGAUCCAACAGUGUGUAUGGGGAUUUGGGAUCUAAGACAGAAAGAGUGGAGUAGGUAUGGGGAGUAGAAGAGGUGGCCAUAUUUGGGCAGUUUCCAAGGCCUAUGAUGAAUGUUCUAGCAGUCAUUCAUCUUACUAUAGCAGAUAGUAAGGCUAUUGCUCUUGGGAUCCACUUAGGUCCAGCUUCCCAGGGACUUGCAUCUUAAUGUCACCUGUGUCUCCACUUCAAAGGACUGGCUGGCUUCUGCUGUCCUUGCUUCUUCAUGUUACCUGCCCCUUAGUUAUUCCUUAGCCCUUGGAUUGUAAAUUUCCUUCUUCCUCAGAACCCAUAAGCUGUUCUUCCACAUGCGUACUUGAAGGCCUGGUAAUCCUGAGGGAAUAUCAGGUUUGGGGCAGGUUGUUUCAGUGUUGAUAUUCACAGCCUAUGAUGUCUGCUCUACUUUUCCACCAAAAGACAAAUGAUUCAAGGUAACCAUUGUGCUAUCUCAUAUAUCAAAGUAAAUGAAGAUUAGAAAGAAAACGUUCUUUCGCUAAGCUGAUACUGUUCAGCCAGAGAUCUAACAGGAAAUGGGACGCCUUAUCAUUAAGCUGAGGCUCUAAACAAUCAAAACUAUGUACUUUAUUAUAAAGCAUAGCAAAUUUAAGUGAUACAGAAGAAAUUCAUAAGACAAGCAGUUUUCAGGCAUUCAAGUGAGAAAAUAUUUUUUAUUCCUUAAAGUUAGAGAACAUUUUCAUUUUAUGGAGACAGCUUUGUUCUACCGACCCUCCUGAAUGAAAUUUUCACAUUUUUAAAAGCUUUGUCAUCAUGUGUAAAUGUGCAAGUCAGUAGAUUGCUGUUUUGCAUAAUUAGACAAGACAGCCAAUGUUGGACCAAGAAAACAUACUCUGAAAACUCAAAGAUGAUGUCCAUGAGGGCAUAAGAUGACAGUGCUGUCUCUCUUGCCUUCUAAAUUGGUUUGUUCUUUUAAUGCAUGUCAAAUGUUUCUCCCAUGCUCUUAGCAGAAGGAUUUACCUAUAGAUGGGUCCUUUUUUUUCUCUAAAAUUAGUGGUAUUCAUUGACAAAUACUUUGUCUUAUAUUUUUACUUCAUUCAUGGUGUCUUGUUUUAUGUGCAUUUUCAUUUCUUAUUUUGAAAAUUUACAAAUUUACAGGGAAGUUAAAAAUAAUAGUACAGUGAACACCAUAUAACCCUCACCUGGAAUCGCUGGUUGUUAACAUCGUGUCCCACUUGCUUUAAAUUAUAUGGAUUUUGGAAUUUAGCAAAAAUUGAAGGUUAAAUCUAUCUUUUUAAUUUACAAAUAGCCAAGGUUAUUUACCUCAACACUACUUUGUAGUAUGACUGCAAGUGAUUUACAUUUCAAACUGACAGGUUUUGAGAGAUUUUUCUCCACCGUAGAUAUAAAAAUAAGACUUUAGAGUGUCAUCUGCCCAAGUCCCACACUAAAACUAUGGACCUACUGUCUUCUAUAUAGCUGUGGUACCUCUAUAUUCUAGAAUGGCGCUUGGUGAGAUAUGUCUAUACAUUACCCUAUUGCUAAUGCCUGUUAUAGGAAUUAUAUAAAAUUUGUUUAUUGUGACUUCCUUUUAUACAUUUUAGCAUAACUUAAAGCAAAUACAAUUCAUACUAUGGGACAUGGGUGACUGGCUGGCUCUUGAUCUCAGGGCUCUAAGUUUGAGCCCCAUGUGGGGUGUGGAGAUUACUUAACAAUGAAAUCUUAAAAAAUAAAAUUCAUACAACUGGGACAAGCAAUUUGAAAAAUCAAAAAGAUGGUUUCAAAAGAAAGCAAAAAUGCAAGUUGAGAAAGAUAUAAAUUGUUCCCUAUAUGUCAGUUAUUAAACACUGCUUUUACCGUCACUUAGGGUCUUAUGUAGGGAAUUAUUAGGAAUCAUUCACAAAACAUAAGCUGCAAUUUUGAGAUGGAAGGUUUAUUCUGGUUAAUGAAGUAAUGCAUCAAUAGUAAGUAAUGUUUUACUUAUUAAGUGCAACACUUUAAAAAAACAGUUCUUUUUUGGGCGGUUACCUAGGCUCUUCCACACCACAGUAAACAACUGUUAAACUUUGCAAAUGUGAAUUGUUAGGCAGGAAAAAGUUUUACUCUACCCUUUAAGGUUCUUCUAGCUGGUCUAAGAAUCAAAUUGACAUGAGACUGAGUAAGGAGAAAUUAACAAGAGAAAAUCAAACAGGGAUGCCUGGCUGGCUCAGUCAGUAGAGCAUGUGACUCUUGAUCUUGGGGUCAUGAGUUCGAGGCCCACAUUGGAUAAGGAGCCUACUUAAAAAAAAGAAAAAAAUCAAACUAAUAAAUAACCUGUAUACCUUCUGUGUACAUGGGAGAAACUCAGGAAAGCAGUAAUUCCCUGGCUGAAGCCAUUACCUUAAACAUCAUCUCCAGUUAAAGACAAAAGGUGUUGGGGUGGGGAGUCUGUUAUGGGAGGUUACCAGAAAAAGCACAAUAAACCAGGGUAAGGUUACUCUACAGAUUUAAGUCCAUGUCUUUUCCAUUGAUAACAGUUUCUAGAGAUUUAGAGUCUUCUCCCUCUUUUUGGUACUGAAGGAGACACCCUGGAAAGAGAAAUGGAGAUUUCUCUUGUAUAUGUAAAUGUCUCUUAAAAGGGUAAAUUCUCUUCAGUUUUCAGAGUUUUUCUUGAGUCUGCUGUCUCUUAAAAAUAAUCAGCUUAGGGGUGCCUGGG